UCUCUCUCGCCGAGUCCGCCCCGUGUUUAUUUGACGGUGAUGUUCUUCCAACACACAUCCUUCGCGGUUUAACGGCGCGUUCGUCAAUUCAACAACAAUAAACCACCUCUCAACAAAUCGAAAGCUCGUGCGUGGUGCUUGCCGGCCAGAAAAAAUAUACUCCGAGGCGAAAAAUCGUACGCACAGGCCGUGGGGGAACCGAGGAAAAGAAGAAACAUUUUCUAGUAGGCUUAGUUAGAUAUUAAAUAUUUGAACACGUGCAGCACUUGGACGCGGAAGAAAAAAGAGAGACGAAUACGUCCCUCCGGUGAGUUUCUGCCAAAGGGCACCAGCAAGAGGGAGACAUUUUUUUUUCGGCCUCCGAGCUUUCCUCCACUUCUCAACGUUCUCUCAUUGCACACAUACCUACGGAAAUAUACAAAAAGAAAAAGAGGAGGAUAAAAAAAAAGAAAGACGGAAAUAAUAUAAAAAACAAGGAGAAACGAGCGAAGCGGAUUUCGUAAGCGAGAUGGGUAAACACAACAGCAAACUCAAGCCCGAGGUUCUCGAGGAUCUCAAACAAAACACCGAGUUCUCAGACGCCGAGAUACAAGAAUGGUACAAAGGCUUUCUCAAGGACUGCCCGAGCGGUCACCUUAGCAUCGAAGAAUUCAAAAAAAUAUACGGCAAUUUUUUCCCGUACGGUGAUGCCUCGAAGUUUGCAGAACACGUAUUUAGAACGUUUGACGCAAACGGCGACGGUACGAUCGACUUUCGGGAAUUUUUGUGCGCCCUUAGCGUAACGUCACGGGGCAGAUUGGAACAAAAACUUCAAUGGGCGUUCAGCAUGUACGAUCUUGACGGCAAUGGUUACAUUUCGCGACAAGAAAUGCUCGAAAUCGUCACGGCGAUUUACAAAAUGGUUGGUACGGUUAUGAAAAUGCCUGAGGACGAGUCAACACCGGAGAAACGAACGGACAAAAUAUUUCGACAAAUGGACAGGAACAGGGACGGGAGAUUGUCAUUGGAGGAAUUUAUCGAGGGUGCUAGGAGCGAUCCGUCUAUAGUACGGCUGUUGCAGUGCGAUCCAAGCGCGCAGGCUCAGUGAAGCCCUGGUCAUUAACGAAACACACAAAUAACGAGUCGAGUAAAAUUUUCGAAAAAAAAAAACGACGACGAAACAAAACGAGUAAUUAUAAAAAAAAAAAAAAUGUUUCAAUGCUGUUAUGCCCAUUAGGGAAGAGGAAUCGGGGCCCGGCCCAAUGACCCAUCCAGUCCAAAAACCCAACGAGUCGAUGGUGUCAUAGAGGAAUUGUUGUAGCCCCCCCCCCCCCCCCCCCCCCGCCAUUCCGAAUCUCAAUUAUUUGCGAAAAAAAAGUUUCAAUUGAAAACGGUUUUUCUCCGUUCGAAUUUUACUACCUGACGACUCCCGAAUAAACAUAUUCGGGAAAUAAAAAUUUGACUAAUAAUUAUUAUUACUUUGUGAGAAGGAAUUUAUAUUUUAUCGUUUUUUCGAGCAUCGAAAUAGCAAAUUUUGAAGAUUUAAAAGAUUUUUUUACCGUUUUUUCAGACUCGAUUGAAACUCUUUUGAUGCUUUACAGAAUAAAAAACAAAACGACCCGAUCUCCCAAUUUCCGUAGAAUCUCUACUCUCGACCUGAAACAAAAAAAAACAAGUGUAAACGUCGAGCUAAAAGAACGCACGGGAAAGAUUGCGACGAAAUGAUUAGUUUUUUGUGCAUUUUUCGAAGGUGACAUUUGAACGAAAAAAGACGAAAGCUUUUGCAUCGGAAGUAAGCGUAGUUAUCGGCGGCAAAUAGGAAACAUUGGAGCGCGUCUUCAAUGAACAAAAUUUCUGAAAAUAAGACGAAGAGGAACAACGAAAAAAAUUGACAACAGGCAGAUUCGCCUCGAAAUAGGGCUCGAACAAGACAAAAAAGCGUUUCAACGAAAGAACCAAACCGAAGAUUCCUCCUUUGAGUCCAAACAGGAAAAAUGUAAAACUUCUCUAUGAUCGCUCUCGCUCAUUGGGUUAGAUAGGCCAAAACGAGGGUACAAAAAUAAAUAAAAAAAGGGGGAGGAAGUUGAUUAAAAACAGCGUAAUUGUACCGGGACCCGAGAGGUCCAGGGUCACUGGGCCUAGCGCGCUUGCGCAGACCGCAAGCUAGUCUUUAAGGCUAGUCCAGUCGCUCCGUCUCGUCUAACGAAAUCAAAUAAUAAUAAUUAAACCAACAAAGGGAUUAGACAGAAAGAACAAACGAAGCUACAAAAAAGCGGAAUUAAAAUACGAAAAAUUGCGAAAGCGAGAGAGAGAGAGAGAGAGAGAGAGAGACAGAGAGAGGGAAACGUUUUUUAGAUUAUCAUUAAUAUUAUAAUUGUUAUUAUUACGACGUAAUUUUUAAGGUAUUUUUUCUCCCUUCGUGAAUUUACAUUUGUAUCUUUAUAAUUUAGCAUGAUUUGCAUUGGUCUCGUGAGAAAAAGAACAAAAAAACGGAAAGUAUCGUUGAUUUUUGUUUGACUUAUUCAAACUCUUUUUUUCUUCUCUUUCAUGUUGAAUUAACAUAUUAACGAGCGUUCGUUGUCCUUGGAAUUUUCUUCAGGAGGAAAAUGUUUUUCCAUCCUUUUUUUUGCUCGCACGACACCGCGCUGGCGUUAAAAAAGUAGCACAAAUAGAGUAUCGGCCGUUUCCCAGUUGUAACAACGCCUGCGAUCGCCCGAAUUGACUUUCCGAACGCCUUUUCUUUCUUUCAUUUUUGACUGAAUUUCGAAAGGUUAAAAAAAACAAACGACGAAGUUCGAACUUUUCGAACGGAGCCAACGGCGCUCAGGACGCGCGAGCCAGGCUACUGAGAUGACGUUAAGUACAAAUUAGGCGUUAUCGGACGUGAUUGAAAAAAAAAGAGGAGAAAAACGAAGAGGACAAAGAAAAAAGACAGAAUGAGGAGUCAAAAAAUGAGAAAGAACCGAAGAACAGCGAAUAACCGAGAAUGCGAUAUUUGUUAAAUGCCGAGGAAAAAAAUAACAAUAUUGACGAAAAUAAAUAAUAAGAGUAAAUUUAAAAGAACAACAGUCUAAGAAUGAAAAACAGAAAAACAUAACGAAACAUAAAAAUGAAACCUCUUGGUCUCGAGGCUGGCGUGCAGCAAAAACAGUGACGACGUCAGCACCGACAAAUAAUCAUUGAAAGUUUAUUAUUAUCCAAUUAAUUGUUUCUCUUUAUAUCAAUUUUUAUCAGGUUUUGACCAUUAUUUCUUGUUUUCUUCCGCACGAAAGCUACUGAUAUGACAACAUUCGUGUGUAUGUGUGUGCGAAUGAAUUUAGCUGUGCGUCAAAAAAGGAAUUAAUUCAUUUGAUCAAUUCUCAUUAAAAUUAACGGCGUGGGAAGAAAACAAAAUGGGUUUAUCUAUUUUAUGAAUGUGUAUGAUUUUAUUUUUAUCGUAAUAAUGCCUUACCACUCAUGUCUCUAGUAUUUAAAGUAAACAAAAAACAACAAUCCAGCGCUCAUUAAUUAUUAAGUCCCAGUAGGAUUAUUAUUCUUAUUAUUAUUAUUAUUAUUAUUAUUAUUCUAAUGUUUUUUUUAAUUGUAUGAAAUUGUUGCUAAGAUAUUGAGAGUGAAAAAUAAUAUGCACGCGCGCAGCCUCACAGAGAUAUUUCAAUAAAAGAACGAUAAAAACAAAAUGGACGAAGAAAGAUACAAAUUUUCCGAUUUGCUAGAAAACAAAACGACAAGAAAGCCAAAACGAGUCGAUCGAUCGCUCAUUGGCUGGUUCUUUCAACAAAGUGCUUUCUCCUUCGUGUCGCCCAAAAUCUCCUUACAAUUAAAAAGAAAAUAGAAGAACAACCAUUUUGGUUGGAGAAUUUAAUAAAAUUUUUCAUUGUGCUCUUAAAAUGAUGAAAAAGAAACGAAGAAAAAAGGGAACCCUAAUUCUUUAAUCAACGAAUCCGUGAAACGUGAUAUCGAUUAAAUUGUAAGCUGGUUUCUAUAAUCUCGUCGUAUCUACGAAGCAAUAAGAGCGAUAAGAGCGAAUUUGAUUUAAAAAAAAAAGUAUGAGAAUAACAAGAUUCCGUAAGAAAAAUUUAACUAUUCAUUCUGGUCUUUUAUGCAUACGGGAGGAUUUGGCAGGAAAAUGGAAAAGGGAUUCUCCGAGAUAUAAAAGCUCCAGGAAUUUCCUGUUACUUAUUCCUAAUGGUUUGGCUGAGAAACUAAAAAAAGGAAUUUCCGAACAUUUACAUCCUCUGAAACUCCUUUCGUUUUCUUAUUCAACGAAGAGUCGCUGGAAAGUAAUGAGGAUUUUUUCACGUCUGGGACAAACACAUGGAUUCUUUGGGAAUCUCUUUUUCGCUCACUUUAACAGAAAAGCGAGGGGGGAGAGUGAGUUUUCGAAAAUAAAAAUGAAAUAUGAUCGAACGAAUGUGGAACGAAAGAUGGGGCGGUAGAGACGAGAAACAUUUCAAUUAAAUCUUAACUACUUGCAUGUUUACGAUAGAGAUUAAAUACACUCGUUCUAGUGUCCUUUCUCUUCUCAGGAACAAAAAAAUUGAAUUCAAAUUAAAAAAAAACAACGUACGUAAGAAUUGAGAAAUGUGAUGACAGUGAAAGUUAGGUUAACUCUCCGUGUUUCAAACUUCCUCGUAGUCUUUUCUUAUCGAAUUUCGCACGCUUUGCUGCUCCAAUCGUCUCACCCAAACUUUUCUCCAAGUAUUUUUAAAUGAUUGGGAAAAAAUGGAUAAUACAUUUUUCCUGGGUGGAAUAAAAAAAGAAAAGAAAUAAACGUGGUAAAAUCUUGUCCUUUUGCUCUCUCAUCAUGGAGCUUUUUGAAGCUUACAGCGCCUGUCAGCGCCCCCUGAUGACCAAUCGACGAAGCUUGCUCUGCGACGAUCUUUGCUAACUCAAUUCCAGUGUUUUAAAAAUUUUCUUUCCCUUGUUUACUUUUCGUUAAUCAAACUAUGUUUUUCUCCAAAAUAUGUACUGAUAUUUUCCUUGUAUAUUCAUAAUCUCUUGAAAUUCGGACUUAUUUUUUUUCCAUUUGAGCCGUUCAUUUUCAAAACUAUAACACAAUACUUUUUGAGCUGAUGAUUUUAUCAGCGCUUGGGAAACUCGAAUCAACUGGAAAUAAGAACCAUCUUUGGGAUAUUACGAAAUUGAUUCUCCCUCAUAAUUUUAAUCAAAAAAUUUUUAUCUGAACGAACCUUUUGCUGGCAGAAUUUUAGAAAUUUUCUUAUUUGUGUUUUACGCCUAACAAAAUAUGUAUUGGAGUCGUUUUUUCUGCAUUUUUAAAUAUUUAACAGUUUUUUCAAAAUCUGUUUCCCUCUGUGAGAAUGUUUAAUGCAAAGAUGAUUUAACUGUUCCGGCUUCAAAGUGGGCAGCGAGAUUUUUUAUCAUUAUUUUUAAGAACAAUAAAUAAUUUAGUUAUUUUUUUCUUGAAAUUCGUCAACGCUAUUGUGAUAAUUUUUCAAAUAUCCGUAGCAAUCCAAAAGUUGUUUUUUUUUUUUCGAAUUCGUCGUAAAUUUCCGAGUGCUAAAUUUCGACGAAUAAAAAAAAAAAAACAAAUAAAUUCAAAAACUAGAAAAAUCGAUGGAUUUUCGAAGUGGAAUAUUUGCGUAUCGUUGUAGCAUCGUUCAAGGUGUAAUAUUUAGGUAUUUUGAAAGAAAAGCAAAAUAAUCGAAAUGAAGAAAAACAAUACGAAUACGAGCGCUUAAUUGAUUAAUUAAUUUUAUGAAAAAAAUGUCCCUAAAACUCUGCCACUAUUUUUAUCAUUAUUAUCGAAUAUAAAUUAUCGUUAAGUGCGGCUAGUCUGGAGAGGUUUUUCAAAGGGAUAAGAAUAAGUAUCGAAAUAUCGUUGCGGAGUGCGCUGUAAAGGGCGUUCGAAAGAAAAUUUUUAGGCCAAGCGAGAGUAGUCCGAGUUCCAGUAACGAAGAUAAGUAAAAAAAAAAAAAAAACAAAAAAAAAAACAAAAAAUAAUAAAAAGUGAAAUAAACGAAUGCACAUAGAAGUACGAAAAAAAUGAACAUUAAAGAGGAAAUUUCACUAUUGGAAAGGUCUAAGAUAAAUAGAAGUGAAACCGAUUAAUGAAAACCAUUAAAAUAGCAAAGAAAAAUAUUAAAAAAAAAAAAAACGUCAAUAAAUCGAGAAAAAAACGUUCUCCGAACUUCCCAUUUCUUCCUUGACUUUGUCUCAACGUCCUGUCACUUUAUUCUCGCUAUCAUCGACAAUGAAAUUUUGUAUAAACCCAAUUGAAGCUCGAUCGUGCAAGCAAUUGCGCAAGCGAAAAAAAAAGAGAGAUAGAAAAAAAUAAAAUAUUAAAACUCCAAAUCGAACGAAAACAAUAGCUAUAUUAUUUCGAGAAUGUACAUUCGUGUCUUAACGUGCAUCAUUCUUCUUCAUCUUCAAUAUAAUUCUUUACCUGUGGAAUUGUAUGUGUAAAGAAAAAGAAAAAAAGAAAAAUCGAAAAGUCCUUAAAGAUAAUGUUACUUUUUGAACGAAAAAAAAAUUAAAAAAUAAAUAAAUAAAUAAAAAUAAGUGAAAAAUAAAAAUGUUUAAAAAAAUGGCAUUAAAAUCAAAGCGUGCUUCGAGAUCUUUUGAUUUUUUCAUUAUGCCUCACUGAAAGCAAGCUGUCUUGUUGUUUCAUUAAGAAUGAGAAUGAGGAGGGGCAAGCACCGGCAAAUCAAUUAUGUAUAAAAAUAAUAUAUAUAAUACGACGAGAUCCAAUGAGACCUCGGAAAUGUUGAAAAUUUUCUUUGCUUUGUGACUUAUAUAUAUAUAUAUAUAUUUAUGACGAACGAUAGUUAUUAAUAGUUGUUUAUUAUGAUGCGAAAACGAAAGCACUUGUGUACCAGUUAAAUUGCUACAUUAAAGUGUUGAAAUUAUACCCGCUCAACGUGCGUGUCUCAGUUAAUUACUCGUAAUUUUAGUAAAUCAAUGACAAAUAUAUUGCGAGAUAGAAAAAAUGAGAAUGCGGGGAGAAAUAAAAAAGAGAUCUGAAAAUAUGAAAAAUGGGAAAGGGAAAGAACGAUUUGAGGGGAAAAUGAAAAAUUUAGGGACUUCGAGGAGGACAAAAUUCGGUCUUUAUUCAAUGGAAUUUCGGCAAAUUUGUUUGUUUCAUUUGGGAAAAUGGUUUUUUUUUUAUUUUUUUUUGUUUCGGUCACUGUGCGAUGAGGAAAAUUGGAGUAAAUUUUCGAAAAUCGUUCGAUCGCUCCAAUGUUUGUGUGGGAGUUUUUGAAAAUGGGUUUUUUAAAGUUUACUUCAGAGUCGCUAGCAAGCUUGUAGAUAAAAUGGGCCAAGUGACAAUGUGCGAUUUGGUUGAACAGUGAGAUUUUGUCCUGCAGGAAAAUAAACGAAAAUAUUUGGUUGUUUUGUGAA